AAACCAGGGCCUAGCGCGUUGCUUAGCAUGAAUGAGGCCUGAGUGGGAGAGAGAUUGUUGUUGAAAUGGUGUUUUAAUGUCAUUUUCUGCAAACAACUCUUGUUUACAGCUCAGCCUGACAUUUAGUAUGAAAUAUGCAAUAUGUAUAAAUACCAAUAAGUUCAGUAGAGUGUGGCAUUUUCAGUUUAAAUUAUGAAUAGUGCUCUGUUAGAUCAAGGCCCAGAAGAAGAUUUAGACAGUGAAUGCUCUUCAAGAACAUUUUCAGCAGGAGAGGAAACACAAUUGUGUGACACUGGCAGGAGUUCAGAAGGAGCUAGGACACCCAGCACCCCCAACGAAAGAGCGCGAUUCAGGAGGAGACACAGAAAUGGCAUGAAGGAAGCAGCAAUUAUGAUUCCACCAGAGGAGAAGCUAGUGCAAUCGGAGCAGAGAGCGAGAAUAUAUGCUGCAAGUCAAGAGGAUGCUCCUGCAAUGCAGGAACUGAUACGCUGUGUGGCACUGGCCAGGAUUAGUUUUGGGAACCUGCACUGGAAGGUGGCCCAGGCACAUGUUAACCUAGCAGAGGGCUACCUGCACAUCAAAGGACAGGCCCUGCAAGCAAAGCUGCACUGUGAAAAGGCCAAAGAGAUAAUGUACUCUAACACUCGGCAUCCAGUCUCUGAAGAGGAGAGGAAAGAUAUCCUCCGAUGCUUGAUUACCAUGUUCCUCACGCUGGGCAAAGCAAUGGUGGGACUUCAGAAUCUGAAGGAGGCAGAACAGAAUCUGCUGAAGUCGGAAAAGGUUGCAGAUGAGCUUCAACAGGCUGAGGAAGUGCCACUAGAAGAGAUUAGACAAGUAAAUGCUGAAAUUACUCUGACCUUGGGAAGGUUGUACAUGAAGGAGAACAAGACAGUGGAAGCUGUAGCGUGUUACGAGAAAGUGCUGCAAAUGGUGAAGCUCGAUAAGGGUGAAAACAGCAUGGAGUGUGUCUCUAUUUAUCGGGACUUGGCAGCGGCAGAGCGUGCGCGAGGUGCCCAUGACAUCAGCACACAGCUCCUCAUGGAGGCUCAUUCCAUUGUGUUGACUAACGCUGCCUCUGGAGAGGAGGAGGGACAAAUAACUCUUGCUCUAGCAGAGGCCUAUGCUUCCACUGGCAGGACUGAGGAUCACCACCUAGCAGAGAAAUACUACAAACAGAGCCUGCAAUGUUACCAGACAGCAUUGGGAGCUGAACAUGCAACGUCCCUCUCAGUCCUUGAUGAUUACAGUCGAUUCUUAAUCCUGGCCAAAAAUUACUCGGCUGCUGCAAGGUUACUUCACGAAUCCCUCCGCGCCAAACUGUCCACUUUUGGAGAUUUCAGUAAAGAGGUAGAAGAGACUUAUCACCUGUUUGGAGGAAUAGACUUAGCGGAGGGGCAUCAAAAAGCAGCUUACAAAAUGUUCAAAAAGUGCCUGGGAAUUCAGACUUUUCUGUAUGGGUCACAGCACAAAAAGACAAGAGCCACUCAGGAAACUGUCAAACUCUUAUCCAAGUCUCCGGAGGUGGCUGCGGUAAGAGAGAAGACUGGAGCAGAUAAUUUAAAACAGAGACCUGUAUUCUGUGCUGUGGUACCAAAACACAGCAUAUCAGGAGGGACCAGAGCAAAUAUCUAUUCGUGACUGACGUACAUGGAAUUUGCCUCGAGAUGCUAGAAUGAAGCUCAGCAUUCUGGCCUACACUUAGCUGCCUCCAAAACGAUUUUGAUGUUAUUACUUUGACCAUCGGUGGCUGUACCAUCAGCUGCCUAGAGCCUAAACUCUGGAAAUAACCCCUGUUGAAAACUCUCUGCCUCUCUACACUUCUUCCUUAAGACAUUCCCUAAAAUUUACCUCUGACCAAAUUCUUAGUCCCUCGUCCUUAUCUUGGUUCAAUAUCAAACAUACUCUCACAACUCUCCAGUGAAGCACUCCUGGGACAUGUUAUUGAUAUGGUGCUGAAAAUAUGUAUUCCUUCCGAUAGCACUUUUUUUUUACCUUUGCUACAAUUUAUUAUAUCUACGAGCUCAACGUAAAACUUGAAGAGUCACAUUAGAAUGAAUGUGAACCAGCUUUAAUUGUGGUUGAUAUACAUGUUUUAUGCGGGAAGUUACAUGUUGGAAUUGUUGAAGACAAGACCAGAUGUGUCAGUAGCCGGCUGUUAAUGAUGAAUUGGAGUUGGUGAAAUAUAAGCCACAUGUUGUGGAGCGUUAGUUCUGUGCAGGUUGCUAAUAUUUUUACUACAGGCUUCUACUUUUCAUUUUAACUUUGCCAAAUAAUGUGCACAAUGUAGUGAAUGAAGUUAUGCACUUCACAGCUUGUUGAUGCAUAAAUUACAGAGAAUGUACAGCACAACCAGUCUAUGCCAGAGCUCGUCCUUCGCUGACGCUUUCCUCCAUUCAAACACCAUCAAGCAAAGCACUUGUUCUUCCUCUCCCAGCACCCCCACACUAAUCCAGCAACCCGUAAAUGCAGCAUGCUAUUGACCUCCUUGUGUCUCAGCAGUAUCAAAUUCCACAUGCUCACCACUCUCUGAAUAAGAAGACUUUUUUUGUAAUGAAUUUACUAUUGGUUUUCCUACGUAUGAAGGGAUUCUGUUCUUCCAAGAACACCCAUCACAAGAAGAAGCAUCAUCAGGGAACUGGAAAAAGGAAUGCCAAAAGGAUCUCAAGUCCACAGCCAACUUCCACCUCCUGGAAACACUUACCAAAUGUGUGAACAGAGAUUCGACUCUUGUAGAGUCAUAAAAGAAACAUAGAAACCCUACAGUGUGGAAAUAAGCCAUUCAGCCAAUGAAGUCUGCACUGAUCCUUUGAAGAGCAUCCUACCCAGCUCCAACCCAAUGCCUUGACCCUACAUUUCUCAUGGUCAGUCCAUCUAACCUGCACAUCUUUGGUUCAUCAGUCUCACAAGGACCCACAGAGCCCAUGAUCAGCGAAUUUCUGGUGAACAAUCAUAUUUGUUAGCAAGUGAUUGACAAUUACUAUUGGCUUUCUUAGUGAUUUCACAAUAUUCGUGGUCUUUAGACCCUCCAAAUAGAAACGUUAGAUGGUAUUUUAAUCUAAAUGAAAGUGUUGAAAUGUUAAGUAGCAUAAAGUGUUACAAGAAUGAUGUGAGUAAAAGAUAUUGACAUGUUUGAUCAGUCAUGCUCAUAUUGAAUGGUAGGACAGGCUGAUGGGCCAACUGGCCAUUCCAAUAAUUCCUAAAAAAAAACAGGGAAGCCUGAACCUGCUUCCAGCUCCUCAAUCUCAACCCCAAUGAUUGUUUGCCUUUAAAGAGGCAGUAAAUGAGUAGGAUGAUCAACCUGUCUCAGGUAUUU